GAGUUUAUUUAAAAAAUAGUAAACAUGAAUAAUUAUAAAAUAAUUUUGGCAUUAUUUAGUCUAUUUUACUUCGUUGAGAUUGACAGUCGCAACCCGUUUCCCGAUACCACUGACAAUGCCUUUCAAAAGGAGUGUUUAUCCUAUCAUAACAGUCUCCGUGGGGCCCAUAAAUCGGGUGCUUUACAUCUCGAUAAAAAUAUUGUUGCUUAUGCUAAAAAACGAUUGCGAAAUAUGACUCAAUAUUCAAAGAUAACAUAUGAACACAAAGACUUGGAUGAAAGGUAUGGCGAAAACAUUUAUUGGGCUAAAGGUAAAAAAGAUAAACUUAGUUGUAGAACUGCACUGAAAAAUUGGUAUUUGGAAAUUAAGUUUUACAACUUUAAGGCGGGAAAGUACAACAAAAAGGCCGGACAUUUCACUCAAUUAUUGUGGAAAUCCAGUACUCAAGUUGGCUGUGCCCGAGCCGUCAACAAAAUACAGGAUGACUAUUACGAGGUGUAUAUUGUAUGCGAUUAUAAGACUUUCGGUAAUGUUAGGGACGAGUUUAGCAAAAAUGUUGUUGAAGUGAUUUACGAGGAAACACCUGAAAAAACUAUAGCUGAAGCAGAUAAGCAUUUCAAGGGUUCAAAAAGUACAAGAAAAUCAAAAAAAUCAAAAAGUUCAAAAGGUUCGGCCAAAAAAUCGUCGGGUGCUAAAUACUACAAUAGUUUGUCGGAUAUUAUGUCGGGUAAUAGUGAUGACAACAAUGAUGAUAAUAAUGAUGACAAUAAUGAUGACAACAAUGAUGAUAAUAGCGAUGAAUUGGAUGAAAAUCGUUAUAAAUAUGAUGUUAUCUUUAAUGAAGAUAAUAUCAAUGGUCAUGAAAGCAAAGAUUACGACGAAGAAGAAAGUAAUCGUAAACGUAAUUCCCGUGUUCUGGUGGACACACCGUUACACCGAAAUAUGUUCGGCCGAUACCUCGAUCAGUUGGGCCGUCUGUUGGCGGCACCCAUGCAAGCAAUUAGUAAAGGCAUUCAACACAUUGAGAAACAAAUUAAAAACAAAAUUAAAGAAACAAUUAAAGAAGUAAUAUUAGAAAAUGAACAAAAUAAUAAACAUAAUAAUAAUGAUAAAAAUAAUACAUUAAAACUUCUACAAGUGGUUCAUCGACACGGGGACAGAGCUAUCGUAAAAACAUAUGACGCCGAUCCAUAUAAAGAUGUCGCCAAGUAUUGGCCCGAGGGUUUGGGCGAACUGUCUAAAGAGGGCCGAUAUCGGUCAUACAAAUUGGGACAGUUUAUACGGCAACACUAUGAUGCAUACCUAAGCCAAUCAUACAGUCCACGAGAUGUCUAUGCCAGGAGUUCCCCGAAAAGUCGAUGUUUGGAUAGUAUAUCGUGUCUGUUGGCAGGCGCUUAUCCACCAAACAAUAAUGACUUUCAAUGGAACAUCACUAACGAUGCCCAGUUAGGCAACAUUUGGCAACCCAUUCCCAUAUAUACAUAUCCUAUAGAUUUAAUAACCUCUGAGCGAAUGCUCCGUACAGAAGCCAUUUGUCCCAAAGCUGAUGAAGAAAUUGACAAACUAUUCAAUUCAGAGCUAGUGAUCAAUAGUAUAGCAAAAGAAGCUGAACUGUUAGAUCAGGUCAAAGGGAUUAUGGGUGCAAACAUGCGAAACCUGUUGGACAUUAAAAAUGUUUACGACCACCUGUUGGUUGAGUGGGACAGGGGUUACAAUUGGUCGACAUAUGGUAAGUGGAACGAGACGUUUGAGAAACAAAUUUUUAAGCAAAUGAAACCAUUGGCCGAACUCUUGUGGAUCGUCGAGUGGAACAACACUCUGGUUCAACGUACCAAAGCUGGUCCUAUCAUUGAAGAACUGGUCAAAAACAUUGAACGACAUAUAGGAUUACCUAAAAAUCAAACGGAUCGCAAACUAUAUGUCUAUUCAACGCACGACAGUAUAGUGUCAGUGUUGAUGCACGCAUUGCAAGUGUUCAAUAAUAGGAUACCACCUAUUAGUUGUACACUAUUUUUUGAGUUGCAUCAAAAAACUACCGGUACCGGCGACUAUUUUGUUAGACUUUACUGGUAUAAUGAAACACUGGAAAAUGAUAAAUACCCGUAUUUGUUACAAUUACCUGAAUGCCAAAAAAGAGAUGACUGUCCACUGGAUAUGUUCUAUAAGUUGACUCAAAAACUAAUACCUGAGAACUGGGAGACUGAAUGUCAAACGGACAUCUUCAAGGAUCGAACCAUUUCACGACUGAAAAAUUCAGAUAUCAAUUCAAUUCAACUCAAGUGA